UUUUGAUCUUAAAUCUUUUGUCCAGCCCAAACGCCAAACUGCCCACUAUUUCCAAAAGCCAGAGGCUUAGUUAGCUUCAGUCCUUCCGAACAAAGCCUAUCGGAUCGGGUAGCGGCGUAGGCAUUCACCAACUCCCAACCGCCCCAACCGGCUCACAGGCCAACAAGUCGCCGACUCGCCGACCGUCCUUGACCGUCUGCCUCCCUGUCCGGCUGCCCCUUCUCGGCAUAUCACAAUUUCAGUCCAGGCUGCCUACUGCGCUCCAGGCAUUCAGCGAUUCGUCCUUCGUCCAAACGGCCCUUCUGAGUUCUCACUUUCAGAGUUUCAGGCUUCGCAAUCACGCUUCAUUCUUUAGCUGCGGGAUUAGUUUCCUUGGUCGGGUUCUGUUUGUCAUUUUACAAUUUUCGAGCUCUCCAAAGCAACCAGCAAUGGCUUUGAACCCUCAAUCCCCUAUUUAUUCCUUCUGGAACCAACAGAUCAUCGAUUGUUCCUCCACAAUCACUUCGACCUGCUCUUCACCGUCUUUCACCACAGCCCUUUUCCAUCCUCCUCUCAAGAGUUUUCUGGGAGCUAGGGUUUCACUCUUCAGGAGGCAGCUCAACCCUCUAUGGCAGGCAUCAUCACGCUAUUUUCAAACUGCUCAUUUCUCUAACAAUCUUAACCGGCAAGUUGUAAAGGCAGUUGCAGUUUCCAAUUCCACAGUGGGCUUGCCUUUAACUGAAGAAAAUGUUGAGACUGUAUUGGAUGAAAUUCGACCUUAUCUCAUUGCUGAUGGAGGAAAUGUGGCAUUGCAUGAAAUUGAUGGCAAUGUUGUAAAACUGAAAAUGCAGGGAGCAUGUGGCUCAUGCCCUAGUUCUGUAGUGACAAUGAAAAUGGGCAUUGAACGUCGUUUGAUGGAAAAGAUACCUGAGAUCUUUGCUGUUGAAUCCAUUCCAGAUGAAGAAACCGGCCUUGAGCUUAAUGAAGAGAAUAUAGAGAAGGUACUUGAGGAGAUAAGACCAUAUCUGGUUGGAGGGGCGGGUGGAAGUCUAGAGCUGGUUGGCAUAGAGAAUCCUAUAGUGAAGGUCCGGAUCACCGGUCCUGCAGCAGGUGUUAUGACCGUCCGUGUGGCUGUAACUCAGAAGCUGCGUGAGAAGAUCCCAUCCAUUGCCGCGGUUCAACUUUUGCAGUAAUAUAUUAACUUGUACAUAUUUUUAAAAGAAGUCAACGAGCCUUUUUAUGGAUACACCAUCCAAAUUGCCACAGAAGCAUAAGAAUAACCUUUUACAACCCAGGAGUCUGAGGUCCCUCCAAAGUAAAUAUGAUGCAAUGUUUUCGAUUGUGUUUUGUACAGUUGUGAUUUCAUUGUCUACAAUAGUCAAUAACAUCACCUUGAAUUAUUUCGCAUUAUGCAUUAAUGUUAUGAUUGUUAUUAUGCAGUCGAGGAAAUUGAAUGAAAACGUGGGUAUUGCUGCAGAA